CACGCGUUCACAGCCUCGCUCCUGCGCCAUCUGGGCCAUGCCAUCUCGCAUCGCGGCUCCAGAGUCCAGCCCCGGCCCUGGAAGCAUAACCAACCCCCAUCUCGCGCAUUAACCACUACCGUCCAUGACACAACACCUGCAUUUAUUGCAUCGUCACUGCGACCGCCACUGCCUAAACCUCUCUACUGCCACUUCGUAUCGUAUCAGAUGCCAAGUUCUCAUCCCCAUCCUCGCUCCCAGCAAGUCCCAAGCACGUACCCGUCUACGGACUGAGUUCCAACUCCUGAGACGGAACCACUUCUUGACGCCCGCCCACUGUCCAUCAAUUCAAGCGUACUAGACUGCUCGUACAAAAUGGGCUACCUCCUCUACUCAACCGUUUUUGUAUUCCUCGUCCUUUCAACGGGUUAGCACUCCUUCACAACCACACUAACCCCCUUUCCUUUUCUUAUAAACCAUUCUUACCAAUGUCUUCAGCCGCCUACAUGACACGUUCCCGGUGGACCUCGAGGAUGCCUACGAUUCCCGGCUCCUCAUACCUUUACGCCCGUCUUCCAACCACCUUUGCUGGUGAUAUAGAGUCGGGCUUCUCCUCCGACGCCUUCGAUCUGUCCGGUAAUGUUGCCUCCGGAGAUGCUCGAGCUGGGCUAGACGACUCGAGCAAGAGAGAGAUACAAAGGAUCAUGAAGAACCGAAGAGUGAACUUCGACGAGGCACGACGGAUAUACACAGAAGGGCGAUUUGCAAAGAACAAUAUCGGGCCUGAUGGACUACCUAGGGACCCCAAAUUCGUCAGCUUUUCAUAAACAACAUCUUACGGAGUAUUGGUUUCGGUUUCUUUUACAGCGUACGAGCUGGCACGCUCAUGGGCAUCAUAUUUGGGAAAGGGUUGAUGGGAGAGAUAACUUCUGAUGGCAUGGUGCAAAGGAGUCACACAUACAUCCUUUUUCGAGCGGCCAUUCAUAACACCUUUGAAGAUCAAAUUGUCAUCUUUGAUUCUUCUACUCCAUCUCCGACACUUCCGGCCAAAUACACGAACACCACCAACAGACAUAUUACCCUAUAAGGGAUCUCUCCCAUCACCCACCCUGCACACAUACACACAUACACAAUCGUUUUAUUUGUUAAUUAUUCGGCCGAUGAAGGUCCAAUCAGCUCCCGCAGGCUUGGGAUUUUAUCUUCCUAUUUAGAUGACCCUUUUUUUUACUCUGUCAAAAGGGUUUACGGCAUAGAGGAUGGGGUAGAGGGUACAAAUUCUC